AUGGAUGCCGCCCUCAGAGCUGGACUUCACAUAAUCAACGAUGGCAGCCACACAUUUGUGCGCCCCGGUGCUGAACGCAGUGCACUCGACCUCACCCUCUUGACGGACGAAUGCCCCUACUCAUGGCGUCGCGCGCCGGACACUGAGGGCUCGGUUCACUAUUUGAUCCUCUUGGAGCCCUUUUAUACCGGCGCUCCGCGCACCAAUGUGUACAGUGUUGUGAACUGGCUCCGUUUCCGCGAACUGUGUGAUGCAGUGCCAGUCGCAGGCGACUUUCUCCAACACAAUGUGCAGUGCGCGAGUGGCGCCACGACGGUGUGUCGAGUGCCGACGGGCACGCCAGUGCCCGGCAUUAAGCUCCUCAACCUUCGCGCAGCUCGCCGCCGGGCGCAGCGCAGAGCGGAACGUUCGGACAAGGCAGAAGACUGGACUGUUUACAACCGCAUCGACGCGGUUUGUGGAUGCCACGCCCACAAACAACGGGAUCGUGGCUGGUCCAGCCUCUGCCGCACCUUCGAUGACCCCCACUACCAGAGGCGUGCCUGGCGCGUGUUCCGAGCCCUCCUCCACCCCCGUGUGCCCCGGCAUCCGGAGCUCUCCAUCGUGGUCACGCUCGGAAUCAGCACCGUGCAACUCGCCGAACUGCUGGCUGACACUUUCGCGACCAUCGUAAAAGCGAUCGGCGAGCUGUGCACGGCCGACUUCAGCAUCCGGGAGCUUCGCGAUGUGCUCGACUCACGGGGGCACCGCUCGGCUCCAGGGGGUGAUGGCGUCACAUAUCAGAUGCUCCGAAACUUGGAUGCCACCCAGCUUCAGAAUCUGCUUGAUGCUUACAACACCAUCUGGCGCACGGGGGCGCUACCAUCCUCGUGGGGAGAAGCCUUAGUGAUUCCCGUGCUCAAAGAAGGGGAAGCCGGAGUCCGACCUUUCAUCUCCGGCUUCCGAGCCCAUCGAGCGACAGCGGAGUCGAUCUCGGACGUCGUUAGCCUUCUUGAGGAAGCCACGCACCGCGGGGAGGCGGGAUACCUCAUCCUUUUCGACGACAAGAGUGCUUUUGACUCGCUGCCACACAACACCAUCUUCGACGCCUUAUGUGAGAUGGGUGUGUGCGGGAACAUGCUGCGUUACGUCGAGGCUUUCCUCAGUGGCCGGUCUUUUCGUGUGCGCGUCGCCGGUCAUCUCAGCGGACCUCGUGUGGUGUCGGCGGGUGGGCCGCAGGCCAGUGUGUUGAGCACCUUUCUCUUCAACGUAGCUCUCGCACGCUUCAUCGACCACAUCCCGCGAGGCACUGCAUACGAGGUGCGUGCUGCUGUUUACGCCGACGACGUGGCGUUCUUCUCCAGUGGCCCCACCCUUCGUGGUCGUCAAGUCCGUAAAGGACUCCAGGCUGCCAUCGAUGCAGUGGACGGGUUCAUCACGGGCAUCGGGUGCCAGCUUUCCGCCGCCAAGACAGAGGCCAUGCACGUCCAUCCGAAGCGCACGGGGCGUUUCGAUGUCCCGAAGCUCGUCCUUCGCGGCCACCGGCUGCCGUGGAAGCGCAGAGUGUGGUAUACCUUGGUCUUACCAUCGACCACCGGCUAA